CCUUCAAUCAGCAAAAUGCAUCCUGGGACUGUCAGGCUCCUCCUCCUCCUCGCUCUGCACCCUCUGACCUCAGCUCACCUGGAGGAGGCGGAGAAGUUGCCUCUGGAGGUGAUUGUGGACAGUUCCCCCUGCAGCGCCACCUGUGGGCUGGGUGUGAAAACACAAACCCUGUGUCUGCUAAAAGAUGGACGGACAGCCAUGAACGAGGAUGUGAGCAGAAGAGACGGAGCACAGGUGUCGGAGAAGUGUCGUGUUCGUAAGGUGAGGUGUCAGGAGUCGUGGCAGUGUGGACUCAUGACCAUGACUGUGACUUCAGGAGAGAGGGUGGAGGUCGACUGUGUGGGAGACGUCAUGGAGGCGGUGGGGAGGUUCUCCUGGAGGGUGUCUUGGCGUUUGGCUCGAGGAAUCAUCAGCUCCGAUGACUUCCUGUUCGCUCGCUGGGACGCUCCUCUGCUGGAUCGAGUGGUUCUUGAUCCUGUUAGGGAGGAGGACGCAGGAACUUACUGCUGUGACGUGCGGGAUGCCUCCUACCGCAGGGUAAAGAGGGUCUACUGGGGGAUCCGGGUUUUGCCCGUCGGGGUCCUCAACCUGAACGUAAACUAUCUGGAUCAGAACGAGUCUGCUGGAGACCAGAAUAACCCGACCAUGGAAGAGCUGGACUACUGGACUCAUGUUAUCUUUGUACGUUUUAGAUCGGGGGAAACGAGGGAUUGAGAGAUGAAGAAAUGCAGUUAGGAGAAUUUUGGUUACCAAUUUAAUUACGCUGCAUUCAUGUGUUGUGAGAAGCAAUGAUCCCUCUAACCAUGCAUCACAUGUAUCGUGUCUGAACAUGCAGCGGGUGUUCUGUGUCUGCGCGACGCUCUUCAUGGCGCUCAUCCUGCUGCUCUGCUGGGGCGGACAGCGUGAAGCGGACAUGAAGGAGGAGGGCGUCUGACUGCUGAAGCUCAGUGCUCGGAUGUGUGCCA